CACAGAACCCCAUCUUGUCUAUUUUAUUUAUUUAUUAUUUUAUCCCUUCCUUGACACAUUCAGAAUCUUUUUUUUAAAAAAAAAAAAAAGAGAGAGAAGAAACUUUUGGUUGGAUACCUUGCAAUUCUCAUAUGUCCAGAACAGCACCAACUUCCCUUUAAAUCCAACCCUCUUUUUCGUCCAAUGUCAAACAACCAUUCAAUUCCUACAAAACUCAUAAAAUCCCACCGUCCCAAAGUCUAUUUUCUUAACUAAAUAUCAUACUCCCUUCGUUUCCUCCUUAUUUCCCUCCACCAAAUAUUCAACCAAACCCAUCAUUUUUCAAUUACCAAAAACUAAAAAUAAAAUUUGAAAAAACCUUCUUCUUUUUUUAUUCUUUUUUUUUAUCCUUAUUUAGCAUUUAUAGUUCUCUAAAACGCACUAGACAUGCUGAAGAAGCUGCGAAGAAGGGUCAAAACUCUGAUCACAAAGAGUUUCAAAAAGCCUCAUAAGAAGAAAUCCUAUAAAACCCCAGAAACAACAACACAAACCCAAAGCCCUUGUCCUUCACCCCCUGAAUCCCUAACCAUGUCUCCACCGCCAGAGCCAAUCCUCAAGCUUCCAAAUUCACCGUUUCUCUUCCCCCAAACACAGUCCACUGUCCUCCCUGAUCCUUCAACCUUCUUCUCCCCAGACCUGCUCCAAAACCCAUUGCCCACGAGCUCUUUUUUCCAGAACUACGUCCUGAAAAAUGGUGAUCAGCCUGAAUAUAUCCACCCUUACCUCGUGAAAUCCGAUUCCUCAUCUCUUACCCUCUCUUACCCAUCUCGGUUUUUCAACUCUGCUUUCAUAUACCAGAUUUUCGUAGCUGAUCUUACCAUUUCCGCCUCUAAAAAGACCAACCCAGAUUCACAAAGAAACCAUGUUGUCUCCUCCUACGAUGAUCUUAGUGUUACUUUGGACCUUCCUGCUUCUAAUCUGCGGUUUUUUCUUGUUAGAGGAAGCCCAUUUCUUACCUUCUCUGUCUCUGGUGGUACUGCGAUUUCAAUCUCGACCAUUCAUGCAAUUCUCUCAUUUUCAUCCAAUAAUUCUAUGACCAAGUACACCAUCAGUCUCAACAACAACCAGACAUGGCUUAUUUAUACAUCCUCACCGAUCAAUUUGACUCACAGCCUUUCUUCAAUAAAUUCCGAUGGGUUUUCUGGGAUUAUUCGGAUUGCAAUACUACCUGAUUCAAAUCCACUAUAUGAGUCAAUCCUUGACCGGUUCAGCUCUUGUUACCCUGUUUCAGGAGAUGCUGCAUUCACGAAGCCAUUUACUUUGGAAUAUACAUGGAGGAAAAGGGGAUGGGGAGAUUUGCUUAUGCUAGCACACCCUCUCCAUCUUCGUCUUCUCUCUGGUGAUGAUUCUGAUGUUACUGUUUUGGAGGAGUUUAAGUAUAAAAGUAUUGAUGGUGAGCUUGUCGGUGUUGUUGGCGAUUCAUGGGUUCUGAAACCUCAACCUGUUUCAGUAACUUGGCACUCCAUUAAUGGAGUCAACGGUGAAGCACAUGAUGAAAUUAUUUCUGCUCUUCGUAAAGAUGUUGAGGCCCUAAACACCACACCAAUAACGACCACUUCUUCGUACUUCUAUGGUAAAUUGGUGGCAAGAGCCGCGAGGUUCGCAUUGAUAGCUGAGGAAGUGUCUUUUCUUGAUGUUAUUCCUGCAAUCAAAAAGUUCUUGAAGGAUACAAUUGAGCCAUGGUUGAAUGGAACUUUCAAUGGGAAUGGUUUUCUUUAUGACAGAAAAUGGGGUGGAAUUGUAACGAAGCAGGGAUCAGUGGAUUCUGGAGCAGAUUUUGGGUUUGGAGUAUACAAUGAUCACCAUUAUCAUCUGGGCUACUUUCUUUAUGGAAUUGCAGUGCUUGCCAAAAUUGACCCAGCUUGGGGGAGGAAGUACAGGCCUCGAGCUUAUGCACUCAUGGCAGAUUUUAUGAACUUGGGGAGGCGCUCAAAUUCAAAUUAUCCACGCCUAAGAUGCUUUGACCUCUAUAAAUUGCAUUCAUGGGCUGGAGGGCUUACUGAAUUUGCAGAUGGAAGGAACCAAGAAAGUACUAGUGAAGCAGUGAACGCUUAUUACUCGGCAGCUUUGAUGGGGUUGGCCUAUGGAGACACCCAUCUUGUAGCCACUGGAUCAAUUCUUGCAGCAUUUGAGAUUCAAGCAGCUCAAAUGUGGUGGCACGUAAGAGAGGGAGAUAACUUGUAUGAGGAAGAUUUCACAAGGGAGAAUAGGAUGGUUGGUGUUCUGUGGGCAAACAAAAGGGACAGUGGCCUUUGGUUUGCACCUCCUGAUUGGAAAGAGUGUAGGCUUGGAAUUCAGGUUCUGCCAUUGUUGCCUAUCACUGAGGCUCUGUUCUCUGAUGUUGGUUUUGUGAAGGAUCUUGUGAGAUGGACAUUACCAGCUUUGCAAAGGGAGGGAGUUGGUGAAGGAUGGAAAGGAUUUGUGUAUGCCAUGGAAGGGAUUUAUGACAAAGAAGGUGCUUUGGGGAAGAUUAGGUCCUUGAAUGGUUUUGAUGAUGGGAACUCGCUCUCUAACCUUCUGUGGUGGAUUCAUAGUAGAGAUGAGGAGGAAGAAGAGGGAUGUGAAGGAGGGAAAUAUUGCUGGUUUGGUCACUAUUGUCACUGAAUUUGGUUGCAUUCAUGACUUGGACGAUGGGCAUUGGGUGUUGGUAAUGCUCAUUUGCAUUUAGAAAUACCACUCUAUAUAUUUAUCUUCCAUCUAUAUACAUUAGCUUGUCUGAUUUGUUUUUUACCUGGAAAAUAAUGUGCUUGAGCAAACUACUUUGAGAUUCAUAAUAGUCAGUACUAUAAAGUAUAUUUUAUACAAAUUCGUGUGUCUUUGGAUGUAUGUACAGCACUUGUGGUUUAUAAUAAGAAACUACGCAGCUCUGAUAAAAUGGAUAAUUUUAUAGUCAAUAUAUGAUCAGGGAAAGAAAAACGAAGAUUAAGGUUUUA